AUGGAAUUUCGACAUCAUUGGACUGUUUUCUGGACAAAUGGACAAUUCUUCACAGGACUGAGUGAAAUAUGGAAUUUUCGGCCACCGUGGCCUUCAGAAUCAAAAUUAUGGAUCUCCAGCAUCAGGAUCUGCACCUAAAAGCAAAAAAUUACAUAGGGAAAAUAGAGAGAAUAGGCUAUGUUAGGGCCCUUAGCGAUGGAGUUGCCAGUUUUAAGCAUAUUUUUUAAAAAUUUUCGUCUAAUUUUGGUGAUUUCAGUGUCUCCAAACAACGUCGGCCAGGCCUCCGGCCACCGCUCGAGCCCAGCAUCCGAGCGCCAAGCCCAUUCCGCGCAGGCUGAACAACUGCCGGCGGUAAUGGCCCCUCCUCUGGUUGGCCAGAACCCAACCGGCGUCCCAGAGGAGGGUAAAGAGGGGUCAAGCAGUACCACUGGCCCCUCGGGCUUCGGCCCAGAACCUGCCCCAACCGACCAGGCCGACCACCUGCCGGCGGUUGAGGGCUCGGAACGAUCAUUGGACAUGGACUUCUCCAGCUUCUCGAACUGCAGCUCCAGUACGAGUGAGGAGCACUCCACACUGCAUGAUGUCCCCUCGAUAAGGUCACUUGAAGUCUUCGAUGAGGGAGCAGCCUGCGAGGAGACGUUAGCGGAUCAAAACGACCGCCUCCGGUUUCAAAGAGACUUCUGGAAAACCCAAUGCCGCACACUUUGGGAACGACAAGAGACGUUCGAGAAGAAGGUCAGGUUCUACCAAGAAGCCCUGGGAGAGGCGGAAGUUGAGGCCAAGAAGGCCAAAGAAGCAGCCUCCGUCGCCACAAAAAAGGCCGAAGAAGAAAGAGCACUGAAGGAAGCGGCAGAAAAAGAAGUCGCCGAACUGCAAGCCCUCCAUCGGCAACACCUUCGGACAGCCGUCGCCGAUGACCGGCCGCCAAGGGCCGAAAGAUCGAGGUCCAGAAGUCCGCUGAUGACGACAGCGUGGUCAAUAACGCCGACAACAGCAGAGAUCCUAAGGAUCGACGUCACCCAGCCUCCAGCGACCCAACACCCGCCGCCACCCGCAGAUCAGGGAUAUGAGGUCCAAGAACAAAAUCACGAGGCUGCUGGGCCUCUACGAAGAAUGCCAAAGUGCAAACGGCGAUGUUGCUACCAGCCCUCAGCCGAUCCUGAACGGCCUCGGCCCCCCCGAAGGUCGAGGGAACUUCAAGGACUUGGCCCAGUGCUUCAAGAAGAGGACAAUGGCCCAGAAGAACACCAACGUCCACGAAGACAACGAAGGCCUCCUUCACGGCUCAUCGUGGACAUGGCGAGCCGAUCGUAUCGGACUUCACAGGAGCCCAGGUUGCCUCGUAAGUCAAUUUUUUCGAUAUCUUUACCAUUUUUACCCAAAAGCCCUUCAAAAAUUAUCAAUUUCGCAUUUUUUCAAACGCUAUAUUUACUAUCGCAAUUUUAAUCAAUAACAUCAAGAUUUUUUCAGAUCGAAGGGUAAAUCCAUACUAAGUGGCCAAAAAUUCAACAUGACGCAGUCAUUCAUACCUAAUAACGUAAGGUUUUCGCAGCGUCCAUCCAAUAAUCCUAAUUUUUUAGCAAUUUGUCCAAUUCAACCUCGACAAGCAACCACGUGGGUUGACUAAAUGCACUCAAACCUUAGUUCGACCGGCUGGAACGAGAAAAAAGUAAGUUUUUUUGCAAAACUAUUUUUGCGAGCUGCGCCCAAUAAAAGAACAAUUGCUUUUUGUUAUACGCUGUUGGAUUUUGGGGGCAUAUUGUAGAAGAAAAUGGUAGCAUUCGCGGUAAAAUGACUCGUCAAACCGCUAAAAACCUAGCUUUUUGCCGGCGGCUUCAUAGUUUUAUUGCUUACCUUGUUUUAGACAGAAAAAAUAUAAUUUGAUCGAUCCAUUUUUUCAGAUGCCCAACUCAUGGCCGAACCGGAGCACCCGGCCCCCCACUUCAUCCGGGGGGCCCUCUGGAAUACUUGCGGGUGCUCGGUGAGAUCAAAUAAUGUAAGAUUUUGCUUCUUUGAAGUUUUUGAUCUUGAACUAGACUAAAGUAAUAUAUUAUAAUUUCAUUAUAUUUUCAGGUGAAGACCGGUACAAAGGGAAGAGAGGCGCCCUGGCCCCCUGAAUGAGCCCGGGGGGCCUUUGGAAGGAAAUAAGGGUGCCAUCUUCCCCUUGAUUUGGUCAAUUGGGACUGAAAUUAGGUAAGCUUUCGUGUUGUAUUUAUAUUUUUCAUCUUAUUUUUUGCAGAUCUCGUUCAGGCAAGAUUGAACUGAGAAGGAGAGAGCACCCUAGCCCCCUGAAUGAGCCCGGGGGGCUUCUGGAUCAUAAAAGGGUGCUCUCACCCGUUACCAUCAAAGUGGAACAUCUUCCUGGAUGGUCAAAACCGGAGCACCCCGGCCCCCCACCUCAUCCGGGGGGCCUUCUGGAAAACAAUGCGUGCUCGGCAAGACCAAACGAGGUAAGAUUUUGUUGUUUUUUGAACUGUUUGACCUUGAGUUAGCAAUAUAGUAAAGUAAUACAGUCUACUAUCUUCAGACGAAGGCCGGUCCAGACCAGCGUGGAUCCGGCACCCUCGCCCCCUGAACCAGCCCGGGGGGCUUCUGGAAUCAAAAAAGGGUGCCUUGGUCCACUUGUCAUGGUCGAUUUUGUGGAUUUUGGACUAAAAUGAGGUAAGUUAUCAUGCUGAAUUUAUAAUUUUGCCUUUAAUUCUUUUCAGAAUUCCCUAAAAAGGAACACUGAGGGAACGGUGGAGCACCCUAGCCUUGAAUCAACCCCAGAGAUCCUCUCAAGGCCCGCCACCGAAGGGAAUGAAAGAAAAAAAUGUAAAAAAGUAAAAAAAAAUUAAAAGGGCCAAAAAAAGCCAAAAAAAAAACAAAAGCCAAAAAACGAAAGGCCAAAAAAAGAAAAGGAAAGAAAAAGAGCCAAAAAAUUUCAAAGGCCAAAAAAGAAAAGGCAAAAAAAGAGCCAAAAAAUAAUAAUAAAGGCCAAAAAAAGAUAAAAAAAAGAGCCAAAAAAAUAAUAGCAAAGGCCAAAAAAUAAAAAAAUACAUUUUUUGAAAAAAAGAGAAAAGCCAAACAAAGGCAAAAAAGUAAAAAAAUUAAAAAAAAAAAUAAAAAAAGAAAUUGUAACUGAAAUUCAAGUAAAAAUUGUUUAAUACCCGGCGAAGUCAGCAAACACAAUCAAUUGUUCCCAACGGAUGUCUACGAUGAGAUUAUUGCCCCGGCCUGCCUCUACGCCCGAACACUCAAGUUCUUCAGCUGUUCAAAUCCCUCGGAACUCAUCCUAAGGUAAAUUUUGCCAUGGAUAACAUAAAAUUUCUGACAGGAAAGUACUUCUAUGGCGUAUGGAGUUACAGGUCGAGUCAUAUGUCAAAAAAAUCGCAAAAUCUUUCUGAUUCAGAUGUAAAAGUUAGCUGCCUAAUUUUGCUUUGUAAGGGUGAAGAAAUCCUUAGACGCUUUCACGCAACACCACGCAAAUGCCUUUUUGACAACGUUUUUACCAAAUCAAAAGCUUUGUUUUGAGCUAAACUGAACCUUGGCAUCUUGACAAACCUUAAAAUAUCAGAUUUGAUUAAUACGACACCUUUAUUAGUAGUUCCAAUAUAAAAAAGGGCAUUUGUGUGGUGCUGCGAGAAAAGUUCUGAGGAUUUUUUCACCCUGACAAUCCAAAGUCAGGCAGCUAACUUUUACAUAUUCUGAAUCAGAAAAAUUUUACGAUCUUUUUGAUCUAUGACUCGACCUGUAACUCCACACCCCGUAGAAGUACUUCCCUCGUCAGAAAUUUCAAAACUUUUCUCCUAAUUACGGAGAAUUUUCUUGGAUGGGGAAAGAGUUGACUCAUCUUGGUCAAGUCUUCCUCUCUAGACGAAAAAUGCAAUCUUGCAUAGAUUUGGUUUGUUGCAGGAGGAGCGGGCUGUAACAACAUGUUGGGAGCUUUUCUGAAUCAGUAUUAUAGUGUUCGGUUAAUAUUAUUGAUCUCUUGCCACGUAUAAUAUAAUUUAUCUUUGAUCCUUUCAGAAUAUUACCCAAUCUUCGCCGUGGAGACUUGUGAGUUUCUUGAAAACCUCCAGAUUGAUCUUCAUCGCUUCCUCGAAGAGUUCGUUGACUUUGCGUGUUACAACAAGGUGAUUUGAAUGGAAAAAUGGAAGCAGUAAGUUCCAUCAGCCAAUGUUUUACUUUUUUGCACACGGGGUUUACAGGGGAAGUACUCCAAGUGCGACGCUCAGAUUUUCUUUAAAUCUUGCACACACGUCGGGUAUGGACCAAGUAUCAAUUCCUGAAAGUUUUAGCUCGCGCUUUGCUGGCGCCGCCGACAUAUCGAACGAUUUUUGCCGCCGAGAGAGCACGCUAAACGUGGAGGGCGGUCAGAGAGAAAAGCGCUUUUUGGCCAUAACUUUGGCAGUUUCGCGCGGAAAAAUUUGAUUUUUUGUAGAAACAUUAUCCUUUACAGUUGAAAUAGGCAUGAAACUUUUCGUGCCGAAAUUCGGCAAAAAGUCCUAAAUUUUCGCCGACUUUCGAUCUAAAAAUCUCGGUUGUUUGUGCUAAGCGCGAGCUAGGAUUGUCGCAAAUUAUUCUAAAUUUGUGCUAAGUUUCAUCAAAAACUGAGCGUCGCACUUGGACUACUUCCCCUGUUAGUUUCGGGAUGUUAGAGUGGCUGAGCCGGCUUUCGAAUAAUUAUCCGGGACAGGUUUCAUCGUUUAUAAUGAGCUUUUACCGUUUUGUUUGAUCUUUGCGCCUUUUAAUUGCCAAAAAUACUAUGUCCUUACUAUAGAUGCGCCAUUUUUGAUACACAUUUCAUACACAGUUACACAAACAUAUGUAAUACGUGUAAUUCAUGACUAUAGGGCUCUAGUUUUGGGCAGAGAAUUGUAUGGAGCUAUAGACAGUAAACGCUUUAGGACACGGUGACCCCUGUUGAGGGGUUUAGAGAUAUUUUUAUAGGGCUGAUGUUUUUACGUUGUUUUAGUAAUUUUUUAUAACUUUUCAGAGAACCUCUCUCUACAAGGUCCGCCACCGAAGGAAUAAAAGAAAAAAAUGUAAAGAAAAGCCAAAAAAAAAUUUAAAGGCCCAAAGAAAAGAAAAGGCAAAAAAAGAGCCAAAAAAAACAAAGGCCAAAAAAAGUAAAAGUUAAAAAAAUACUAGUCGCGACAUAAAGUCCUGAGACGUUUGCACUGUGCGUUUUUGUUUUCCUUUCGCGCGAGUGCGCCACUUUUCUCGCGCGACACCCGCGACAAAUUGUGUCAGGACUUUAUGGCGCGACUAGUACAGGCCAAAUGAAAAGAAAAGGCAAAAAAAAAGAGCCAAAAAAACUAAAAGAGCCAAGAAAAGCAAAGGCCAAAAAAAAAAUAUAUUUGUAUCUGGAAUUCAGCGAACCCAAUGAGUUGUUCCAAGCGGAUGUCUACGACGAGAUUAUUGCCCCGGCCUGCCUCUACGCCCGAAAACACAAGUCUAUAGCUGGCCAAAGCCCUCGGAACUCAUCCUAAGGUAAAUUUUGCCAUGGAAAAUAUAAAAUUUUUGAAAAUUUUUAGAACUUUUCUCGUAAUUACACUUAUAGUCAUUCCAAAGAUUUUUUGAAAGACUUACUGAUCGCUUUAUUUCAGACCCAAGGAUGACAGAUGACACCGAUCCAUCUGUAGUUUGUCUGGUCUACAGUGAUGUUACAGUUUUUGCCCACCGCGGAGUCCUCCAUUGAUCUUCGCCCACGCCAAUGAAUUGGUCUAUGGAAGCAGUAAGUCGUGGAGAUUGAGGACGGAAAGGUCCGCUAAAAAAAGGAAAGAGGUUUUCGAUGACGCUGAUUUCGAAAAUCGUAUCCAUUUUUUCUGAAUUUUACGAUUUUGCUUAAGCCGUAGUGUCUAAUAUUUGGUUGUGAAGACAAAAAAGCGUCGGAAAUUUUCUCACAAGAUCGUACAAGUUUGACCAAGUUUUUACCAAUUAAAACAUUUAUUUUGAAGAAUUGAAAAAGAAGAAAUGGAUUCGAUUUUCGAAAUCAGCACCAUCGAAACCUCCUCUUUCCUUUUUUAAAGGACCUUUCCGCCCUUAGUGAGUUGUAGCUGGUUUUUAUUGCAUUACUUGCAGAUAUCUUCAAGCCCCAAGCUACGGAUAAAAAACUAAAAAAAAAGAUUAAGAAAAGGAAAAAGAAUAAGAAAAAAAGAAAAAAUUGGUAAGAAAAGAGGAAAGAAAAAUAAUUCCAUACGAAAAAAAGAAAGAAAAAAAGAAAAAAGGAAGAAAAAAAAAGAAAAAAGGAAGAAAAAAAAAGAAAAAAGGAAGGAAAAAAAUAAAAGAAUAAAAGAAGAAGCCUCACCGCUUCCACCCCCACCACUUCCAUUACUCGCCUUCUUCUACCACUCCCACCACCCUCCUUUCCCUUUCCCUUUCCCCUCCCACUCCCUCCCCUUCACCCAAUCAUCAAAGCCUGCUUUGGUGAUUAAAGUAAGUUGUUUUUUUCCCAAUUGUAGGCCUUUAUUUCUUGUUAUAAGUCCAGAUACUGCUCGUUCUACUUUUAAUCUUAUCUAUUUUCAUGGAAAUCAUCGAGAAUCCGUUUCUUGGAGCCCUGGAGAAAUCAAUGGUGCCCUGGAGGUCCCCACCGCGGAAAGAUCAGAAAGGUAUGUCGAUUGGGAGUGAUAAAUUAGGGGAUCGAGGUCUAGAAGGAAUACUGAGAGCGUUUUAAUUCAAAAAUAGCUUAGUUUUGUGAAAAAAGCCCGUCAUCACGAUAUGUUUUUUGAAAGGUUACGGUAGAGGUAAGGGUUUUUUUAACUCUGAUUUUUACUGUGGUGUGAACGGGUUACACUCAGGUUUAGAAGCUUAAAAGUAUAGCUAGGUGCUAUUUUUCUUUUUGAUUAUUAGAUACAUAUGAAGUUUGAGGGAAUUAAAAGACGCGAGGUGCCGUAAAAAGCAGUUUAUACGAAGUAAUGACUAGUUUUUGUCAUUAAUAAUGUGGUCAUGACGGUAUUGGGAUAUUUUUAUAUUGCUGAUGAGAUGAUUAACUUCCCUGUUUAAUUUUUCGCGUUUAAAUACAUUUUUCUUUCAGAAGUGCACAGUAUUGCCUUAUGGUUGAAGAGCAAGCUAGAGUGAAGAACAAGUUACCGCCGAGCCCUGGAAACGGUCCAUUCCUCGAAGAUGCCAUUUCCUUGAAGAUGCACAGUGCAAUUGUUUGGAGGUAGGCGAAAAUUUGUUAACAAAAGGGGGUUUGGUUGAUCGAGGGUUAGAAAUCCAUUUGAGUUUGGAUUCGAACGAUGUACCUCGCUACAUUCGUCGCCGCGGGGAUAUAGGGCUCGGGGUCUUUACUUUUCAUCGGCUCUGCGAAUUUGUUUUGCAAAAAGGCGUAAAAAGGGAAAUCAGUUCAGCAGUUUCUUCUGUAAGAUAUUUCGUGAACGGGAAAUGGCAAAAGCCGUUCAUUUUGUGAAUUUUCGUCCUGUUUUUUUGUAUUAGGUUGGACGGAAAGUCUUUGCCUUUUUUUCUGCUGCUAUUUUUCCUUGCACUGAUGGAAAAAGGCAAACACUAAUAUAUGGUGUUGGUAGGGGACAGGCAUCCCUAUCUGACAGUACAACCCUCAGCCAUCUUAAGCAUGUACAAGCAGAGAACUUAAUUUAGACAUUUACCCAUCUUUGGUCUACAAGUAGAAAUCAUUGGCCGGUUUGUUUAACAAGACCUUAUAGAAAACUGUUUUAGCACUGUUAAAAAGACUUCUUUUGAAGCUCUUAACAUGUGCUAACGUGGUGGGGAUUAAAUCAAACCCGAACCAGAAAACGUGACUUUUAUGAGACCCAGCAAGUUUGAAUAUAAUUGCAACCGCCGCUUAGCCGAUGCCUUUGUAUGGGUUUAACUAUGGUAUGCCAAAACUAAAGACACUCCCUUACACUCAGAUACCAGUCAUUAGACAAUUGUUUUACUGUGUGACGUGACAGAACUCAAUUAAUUGUUUCUCAAAAAGUCGCUGGUGAACUAUUGGAUCAACUCGUAAAAUUGAGAAACCGCUCCUACCAGCUUUCCAAUCCUCCCUUUCUAGGGUGGAAAAUAGAGCCCCUGUAUCGGUCUACUUCUUUAUGAAACAAUGGGUAACCAUUAUUAAUUGUCAGCAAAUCACACGCAUUUCUCUAUAGCUAUAUAUUUUUGGCAAUUUUGCCCCUUUACGGUUAGUCCGAAGCGUGUGUGAUCCGAGUUACUCAUGUAGCACGUAAAGGGCUACCCGUGUGCCUCACGGAACCCUAUUAUAUAGACAGACGAUCAGCAAUGCGCGGAGUAAUAAGAAAACUUUUUUAAUCGGGGCCUUUGCUGAGGAUUUGGUUAAAAGAGUAGCUAUUAUUUUUUCCGAUAGUUUUUUUUAAGAAUUGCAAUUGUGUUUAGCAUAGUCGGAAAGACCACUGGACACAGCCCACAAAAUUUCAGAGCUUCAUCAAAAGCGAUUUGGAAACUAGAGCUUACGUUCAGGACCCCACCCGAAAUUGCCGCAAAGCGGAAAACCUCUUAUAAUUAAGCUCGUUUUGGCGGAACAAACGAUUGGCACAUAGCACAUAAAUCUGCACACUGUACCCUUGUAUAUACUAGGUAUCUACGGUUGACACUCGGUCUUGGCGCGAAAAAAAUAAAUUUCAAAAUUGGAUAAAAAAGGCAAAGACUUUCCGUCCGACCUAAUAGAUUUCGAAACCGUCUGAACUAGUUCCGAGUCGGUUGAACUAGUGCAAAAAACCGAGGUCUUUGACCACGUGAACCUGUUCAUUGAAAAUUUCAUAACGUUCAGAAUUUCCGCAAAACAAAUUCGCACAGCCAAUGAAGAGUAAAGACCCCGAGUGUGAGGUGCCGUAAAAGCAGUUUUAUAAAAAGUAAUAACUAGUUUUGUCAUUAAUCAUGACGGUAUUGGGAUAUUUUUAUAUUGCUGAUGAGAUGAUUAACUUUCCGGCUUAAUUUCUCGCGUUUAAACACAUUUUCUUUUAGAAUGAUAUUUGGUCGACGAGCUAGAUUGAUCGGAAUCGAAGAACAACAUAGCCGAAGAACAAUACAGCGAAGAAAGAAGAACCGAGCCCUGGAUUCCAUGGUUACAUCCGGCUUCAUUGAGGAUGCUCAGUAG